UCACCGACACAAGCUAUUACAACACUGAAGAAAGCAAAGAAAUUGGCAGCAGCUAAUACUCCUGAAAUAAAGAAGAAAACGGUCAAGGCGCAGACCCUGAAAGUGGCGGCAUUGGAAACUCCAAGCUCACAGACUUCAAAGAAGAAAAAAGGCAAAAGCAAGAAGCCACAGACCCCUAGUAUAGAGGGAAUUCAUGUAGAUACACUCCAGACCACCCCCAAAACACCAAAGAGAGAGAAAACAUUUACACUACAGUCUCCAAAAGAAGAGAGUAAUCAAACAGAGCCACAGAAAAAAAAGCUUAAAUCCUCUAAGUCAGAGGCUGAAAAGCCAAAGAUAACUAAUCAGGAUAACUCUACUGAAAAAAUACAGACAGUCGUUACAGAAUAUUCAGGUGGGGCUUCCAGAGGAAGAGGAGCAACACGGGGAGGUUUCCGGGGAGGUAGAGGCAGCAGCAGCUUUCGUGGUACAAUGAAUGGCUUCAGGGGAAGAGGUGGUUUCAGAGGAAACAGGGGCAGCUUCAGAGGUGGCUUUAGGGGAGGAAGAGGAGGCAGAGGUGGACGAGGAAGAGGCGGUUCAGUUGCUGAAAAAGAUCCCUGCACUGUAUACAUGAGCUUCACAAAUCCUAUUGAUGCAACAGCUGCUUCUGAGUUACUGGAACUUGCAAAAUCUGCCUCACACAUGAAGUUUGGAAGAAACUGCUUUCUCACAUUUGGAACGGCAGAAGAAGCCAGUGAGCUGUUGAAAAAGGCAUCGGACAUGGAAUUUGGUGGCUUGAAGCCUUAUGUAGAUAAUGCAUACAAAGCACAUGGUCCGAAAGAAGCUGAAAAAAGAAGUUCAGAUAAUGACACUACAUUAUCGCCUGCCAAAAAGAUAAAAGUUGAUGCCAAGGCCAAGGCUGAAGCAGAUAAAGAAGAUGAAGAGAUGGAGGACGAUACUAACGAAGAGGAUGGAGAUGCAGGCGAACGUGAAGAGGAAGAUGGCACUGAUGGUGAUGAUGCUGAGGAAGUUGUGGGUGGUGAAGAUGACGACGACGAUGAUGAGGGUGAAGACGACGAAGGCGAUGAAUAAAUUUUAAACACUCAAAAUUUUCAUAAGCUGCUUUGGAAUAGUUAUUCGGUUCCCUGUGGAAAAUUUAGUAGUUAGGGUAUUCUUGUAUCUGUAUUUCCCUUGUUAUAGUGUGGAUGAAAGAAAUUGAGAGUGAAGUGCGAAUUGUAUUCCAAAGAAUUUAAUAAAACCUAGCUUCUUA